AUGAAGAAUCAAGCCCGCUCAUCAAAAUCUGGCGGUGGCAAUGGUACUGCCGGCAAAACCCGAUCACCAGAUUCACCAACUCCAACCUUGUCACCCAGGAGAGGAGAAAAGGGACACCCACCAACUCCCGAAUCACAGUCUUGGUUUGGCAGUGCUUGGAAUGCCAUGUCGGGAACACCACCUAGAAACAGUCACCAACCACCAAACCAAAGCACGCCCACCUACACCCAUUCGGACCUCAAUGGCGAUCACCACUAUCACGGCUUGGAUUUGCCAGAGGAUACUAUGAACGGUAAUAGCAAUAGCAAUACCACUCCCUUUCGCAUCCAACCACGAUCUCGGGCUUCCACGGCUGAUCAGGACGAUGAGGAAGUCAUUUACAUGGAGAAACAACCCAACACUCCCUUGCGCAACCGUUCUCCUAUGAUUCAAUCCUACAAUGCUUCUGCGGCUAAUCAUGCCAGGUCCUUGCCAGGUAGUGGAGCCUCAACUCCAUUGCGCAACCGAUCUCCCAAGAUGACCAACAGGCCUCCCAUGCUGCCCAGUGGUGGAGCAGUGCAAUCUCCCCGCCACAUUCAGCAACCAGAUCUCUCCCAGCCUGUAAAGUCUCACUUUCGCCGUCCUUACUCUCCCGUUCCGGUUCCCUCUGGUGAACCUUUCAGUAGAAAAGUGUCCAAGCCAUCCAUCGAGAAUAGUAGCUCGUCGUUGAGGAACAAUCUUGGUUUCUUGAACAAGCAACGUGCUACCCUUUGGACAGUGCUUUCGAUUCUAUUCUUGGGACCCACUGUGAUCAUUGGAGGCCGCUUCUUCAUGGGGCCACCGCCCUUGGUGGGCAUCAAUGGUGAACCACUAGUCUCGGUUGGAGAUGGUAUUCUCAUGGACAAUACCAUGAUGGACAAUGCCGAACAUGAUCAUCGUUCCCUUUCCAUGUACGAUACCAACACCUUCCUAAUACAGAAUCAAAUGUUGAACGCGGGGGAUGGCAAAACAGUAUCUGUCAACAAUCGCAUCAAGUUGAAGCAACAACGCGACGGAAACUUGGUCUUGUAUGAUAAUGGAAAAGCUCUUUGGAGUAACCGAAACAACAAGGGUACUUCUGCAAGAACUGCAUAUGUGACCAUCUUGCAAGGAGACGGAAACCUCAUUACACGUUCCAUGACCUUUGAUAUCCGAGCCAUGAGAUGGGUGACCGAUGUGGAAUGGAGCAGUGGAUCCAGCAAGGGCAACGGAGAAUAUCUACUCAUGCUCACACAAGACCAAAAGGGACUCAUGAUUGUUCGCCGCUCUGACAGCAGAGUCAUUUGGUCCACUGUUUCCGGGGCCAAGGUGGAUGCCCCUGCUCCCGUUCCCCGACCCACUCCACGCCCUACUUCACGCCCAGUUGCACCACCACCAACUCCGCAAGUGGUGACACCCAAGGUGACCCCAUAUGCCAGCCAACCUGGAAUCACUUCGUUGAAUUUCCCAUUUCCCUACACGGUUCCCAAGAAUAACGACUACAACAUCCAAUCGGGACCUAUGGUAGGACAUACCACUCACAGCUCGGCCAAGUUUUGGGUCUAUUUGGGAAGUGGCACACCGAUGCAAUUGGUCUACUGGCCCAAGGAUUCUUCGGAAGGAAAGGCAGUUAGCUUGGUUCCUGAAACUUCCAAACGCAAUGCGGCCAUCAAGACCAUUACUGGCUUGAGAGCCAAUACUGUGUACUUGUACGAGAUUCGCAUCCAAAACAAGUGGCUCGCCCAGGGACACUUCAAAACGGCACCGUCACCAGGCCAAAGGUCUUCCUUCAAGUACGUCUUGGCAUCCUGUAUGGACGUCAAGUCCGACAAUCAUAAGAAUCAGCCUGCGUGGACUGAAGUCCUCAAGAAGGGUGUCGACUUUGCCAUGUUGGCUGGAGAUACCAUCUACUUGAAUCACAAGGAUUGGAUGCGAGACUGGACAGUGCUCUAUCAUCGUAUUUGGUUUCGGUAUUUGCAACAACGAGCAGAAGGCCAUUUCGCUCGUUUCAUCAAGCAGGUGCCUACCUACGGAACCUGGGAUAACCAUGAUUACGGACAUGAUUAUGGAGACUACGUUCAAGCUGGAAAAGAAAACUCCCUCAAAGCCUGGGGGCAUCUUUGGCCCAAUCCUUACCAAGGCUCUUCAAAGGGUGCGGGAAACUAUUACAUGUUCAGUUGGGGUGAUGUGGACUUUUUCGUUUUGGACUGCCGAUGGUACCGAAACUGGGACACUGGCACACUCUUUGGGCAACCACAACUUGACUGGCUCGAGGACGAGCUCAAGGCAUCUAGAGCGACCUUCAAAAUCCUUAUUUCCGCCAGUGAUGUUAUGGAAGAAUCCAUGAGUUCCGAUCUCAGACGCAUUGGUAGAAUCGUCUCGAGGAAUAAUAUCGAUGGAGUCUUGUUCAACUCGGGCGAUGUUCAUCGCAACGAAUACAAAUCACAAAGUAUUGACAACUGGCCUUACAGAGUUCAUCAAUUCACCUCCUCUGGUGUUGCAGUGGUUUGGAGACGAAACUUUGCGAUUGUCAAUGUCAAUACUGCCAUUAGCAAUCCAGAGAUUACCGUGCAAUUCCACUCUGCGGUUUCCUCGAGUCAGAAUACGGACUGGCAAAACGACCGCAACUUGGUUUGCAGUCGAAUCGGUGGCAAGAACCGUAACCAGGAAUCCCGGUGCACUCAAACCAUUCGAUUGAGCGACUUGAGAGCCUAA